AUGGCUAUAAUAUUGGUUACUGGUGCUUCAGGCUUCAUUGCGUCCCACGUGAUUAGGGCUUUUCUCCAAAAGGGCUACAAUGUGAGAGGCACAGUACGCUCUGAGAAAAGCGCGGCAGGAGUUCGCAAGACACAUUCACAGUAUGCAGAAAAGCUCAGUCUGGUGGUUGUACCAGAUAUGACAGUCUUGACUGCGUUCGAUGAGGCUGUCCAAGGCGUUGAUGGAGUGGUCCACCUGGCUUCUCCAUUCAUUAUGAAUGCUACCGACUUUGAAAAUGAGCUUUUUGUGCCUGCUAUUCAGGGCACAAAUGCUAUUCUCACAUCUAUUCAAAAACACAGCCCUAAUGUCACUCGAGUUGUAAUCACGUCAUCGUUCGGAGCUGUUGUCGAUCCAACAAAGGGUGAUAGACCCGGCUAUACUUACACCGAGGCGGAUUGGAACCCAAUAACAACCACCAGUACUUUCCCUCAUAAUGCUGUCACUGCAUACCUGGCAUCUAAAACCUGUGCUGAACAGGCAGCCUGGGACUUCGUCGAGUCUCAAAAACCCAGCUUUUCCAUCACAACGCUGUGUCCCCCGUUGGUGUACGGGCCAGUCAUUCAUGCCGUUGAGACCCCUGCGGGCCUGAAUACAUCCUCAGCCGAUAUAUAUCGCCUGAUCAAUGGGUCUGAAAAGACUGUUCCUCCGAUGGCUUUCUGGGCAUUUGUGGAUGUGCGGGAUGCUGCCCACGCCCAUCUUCGGGCUUUUGAAACACCAGAGGCUGCAGGCCAGAGAUAUCUGGUAUCCGGUUCCUCGUACACUUAUCAACAGAUCUGUGACAUAAUCAGGGCAAAGUUCCCUGCGCUCAGAGACUCCACGCCUGAAGGUGCUCCAGGGGAGCCAAUACCAAGCGCAUACAAGCUGGAUACAAGGAAGGUCGUUAAUGAGUUGGGAAUGAAGUUUCGCCCACUUGAAGAAACAGUCACUGACACUGUUAUGAGUCUGCUUACAUUAAAGUAA